ACUCUGUUUAAAGAAGAUCCGCCUCUGGGGUUUUAUAUUGCUCUGGUAUUUCUGCCAAAGACACACCAGCCCUCGGCCGCUGGGAGAAGGACCUCUCGGUCACUCGGUGCUCUUGUCCCCAGCUGACUCGGCCACACUCACCAUGUGUGAAGAGGAGACCACCGCGCUCGUGUGUGACAAUGGCUCUGGCCUGUGCAAGGCAGGCUUUGCAGGAGAUGAUGCCCCCCGGGCUGUCUUCCCCUCCAUCGUGGGCCGCCCUCGCCAUCAGGGCGUAAUGGUGGGAAUGGGCCAGAAAGACAGCUACGUGGGAGAUGAGGCUCAAAGCAAGCGGGGGAUCCUGACUCUCAAAUACCCUAUUGAGCACGGCAUCAUUACCAACUGGGACGACAUGGAGAAGAUCUGGCACCACUCCUUCUACAAUGAGCUGCGGGUAGCACCUGAAGAGCACCCCACUCUGCUCACAGAGGCGCCACUAAACCCCAAGGCCAACAGGGAGAAGAUGACACAGAUCAUGUUUGAAACCUUCAACGUCCCUGCCAUGUACGUCGCCAUUCAAGCUGUGCUCUCCCUCUAUGCCUCCGGCCGCACAACAGGCAUUGUCCUGGAUUCAGGGGAUGGUGUCACCCACAAUGUCCCCAUCUACGAGGGCUAUGCCCUGCCACAUGCCAUCAUGCGCCUUGACCUGGCUGGCCGCGACCUCACUGACUACCUCAUGAAGAUCCUCACCGAGAGAGGCUACUCCUUCGUGACCACAGCUGAGCGAGAAAUUGUGCGAGACAUCAAGGAGAAGCUGUGCUAUGUGGCCUUGGAUUUUGAGAACGAGAUGGCCACAGCAGCCUCCUCUUCCUCCCUGGAGAAGAGCUAUGAGCUACCAGAUGGGCAGGUCAUCACCAUCGGCAACGAGCGCUUCCGCUGCCCAGAGACCCUCUUCCAGCCCUCCUUCAUAGGCAUGGAGUCUGCUGGGAUUCACGAGACAACCUACAAUUCCAUCAUGAAGUGUGACAUUGACAUCCGGAAGGACCUGUACGCCAACAACGUCCUCUCUGGGGGCACCACCAUGUACCCCGGCAUUGCUGACAGGAUGCAGAAGGAGAUCACAGCCUUGGCCCCGAGCACCAUGAAGAUCAAGAUUAUCGCUCCCCCAGAGCGGAAGUACUCGGUCUGGAUCGGGGGCUCCAUCCUGGCCUCCCUCUCCACCUUCCAGCAGAUGUGGAUCAGCAAGCCUGAGUACGAUGAAGCCGGGCCCUCCAUUGUCCACAGGAAGUGCUUCUAAAAGUCAGAACAGCUUCUCUGAGGGUCCCCUCGAGACUGCUCUGUGACCACUCGUGACACAUUAAAACCUGCAAGCCUGACUUCUCGGUGUGGGGCUCUCUUUCCCCUGGGCUGUCUCAUCCGCUGCUGAGGACUUUUCAUGCACUACUGCUAAUCCACACAGUACUCCUGGGAGAUGGGCACCACUACCAUCCCUAAAUUCCAGAUGAGGACAGUGAGGCUCAGAAAAGCUAAGGGCUUGCUGCACAUCACACAGAAGCAAGAUUAAAAUUCGAGUGGAUCUGAAUCCAAAGCCA